AUGCCUGCUCAAUCCGGAUUCAGGUCGUUAGAUAUUGGUGUCGUGGGGGGUGGAAUUGGAGGUUUGAGUACUGCUAUUGCUUUGCGUCGUGCUGGACAUCGAGUCACGAUAUACGAACGGGCAGAUUACGCUGGAGAAGUUGGUGCUUCGGUAUCUUGCGCUGCUAAUGGCACAAAAUGGUUACAUGAAUGGGAUGUCCCGGUUGAGAAGGGAGAUCCUGUCAUCUUGAAGAAGCUAAUCCGACGCGAUUGGAAAACUGGAGAGCCUGACUCUGUGUAUGAUCUCGACGAUUAUGAAGAGAAGUGGGGACAUGUUUACAACAUGUUCCACAGGCAAUAUAUGCACGCUAUGCUUAUGGAUAGUGCUGUAGCUGAACCAGAAAAGCCGGGAGUACCAGCUAAGUUACUCGUCAAUCACAAGUGCUCUGGACUUGACGUCGAAACUGCAACUAUCACAUUUGAAAAUGGAAAUACUGCAGUACAUGACGUUGUCAUUGGAGCUGACGGUAUUGGAUCCGCGAUUCGUUCCCUCAUUGGCAUCAAAGUUGAGAGGAGAGCGGCCGAUGCCAGUUGUCUCCAUGCCAAUGUAGACACCGAAGAAGCAGUCAAGCUUGGUUUGGUUGAUUACUCGCAGAAUAGUGCACUCGAAUACUGGGGAGGUCUGAAUACUCAUUACAAGAUUGUUCUUUCGCCUUGUAAUGGCGGUAAACUACUAUCUUAUUACUGUUUCUUUCCAAGAGAAAAGGGCGAUUAUUCCAACCAGGCAUGGGGCGCAAAAGGAACAGUAGAAGAACUUCUUGCUCCUUUCCCAGAUCUGGACCCCCAGGUUUACAAACACUUGUCAAUCGGAAAGGAUGUUGCUCCCUGGAGAUUGUGGAUUCACGAACCCUAUCCUUACUGGCAAAAAGGCAAUGCUUGUGUCAUAGGCGAUGCAGCUCACCCUAUGAUGCCAGAUCAAAGUCAAGGAGCAUGUAUGGCCAUCGAAGAUGCAGCAGCUCUUGGUAUUGUUUUCAGCGAGAAACAUUUCAACGGCGAUGUACAAGAGGCCUUGAGAGUUUAUGAGCAAGUCAGAAAACCCCGUGCAACCCGGGUACAAGCCGCUGCUGCAAAGGCACGAGAGAAUAUUAAUGAACGUAUUGGUUUCUCAAGUAACACCAACUCAGCAGUAUACAAAGUUUCUGACGAGAAGGCAAAAUUGACGAUUGAAGAAAUGAAUGCAUAUGACAUGCAUGAUGAUGUCCUGAAGAAUUAUGCGCAAGUCAGAGGAGAGGUUUCUUGA